AUGGCCGUCUUACUCCCCUCGAACUCCUCCGACCACCACUUUUCCAUCUCAAAUAUAAUCUCAAAGUUUCGGUCAAAGAAAAGAGCAGGAACGAGGGGUCAUAUAGAGCGAAUACAGCAUGAAGAGGUAGUACUAGACACUCGGCCAUCGCUCAUUGCCGCGCCACUAUCCCUAGUCCUCCCAGAACAUCAACAAACUCUCUCAAACCUCGGCUGGACAACUGUCACUUUCCCGCAACCCGCAUCAGAAGCAACCGCCUCAAGCUUAGAAGACCACCAUCUCGCGCCAGGUUCUCACCCACUUCAACAAGCCUAUGAAUCUCUCUUCGCCGCCAGCCAGGCAUUCUUCGAUCAAUCAGACGAAGAGAAGACGAUAUGGAAACAUAAACUCGGCUCCGAAGAAGGCUGGUCCAAGAUCCAAGGAGAGAAAGAGUUCAUUACCCUCCGCACCCUAGAAUAUUGCCCUGAAGUGCUCCGAGGCCCCGCAGAACGCUACUGGAAUCUCAUGGGCGCGCAUCUCUCGUCUACAUUGGGCCGGAUAUCGACAUCUCUCGGUUUGCCGGAUGGUGAAGAACAGGGAUUGAGACAAUUUGUCGGGCCUUGUGGCACAAUGCAGUCUACAGAUGCAACUAAGACUGCAACCAUGUUACGACUCUUUCGGUAUGAAGGGUGGGACGCAAAGGUGGUUGCCGAACCACAUUCCGAUCUCGGCCUUCUGAGCAUGGUGGUGGGCAAUGUACCUGGCCUAGAGGUCUGGGACGGACGAACGUGGUUUGAUGUUGAAAGAGAGGUCGAGAAGUCAGGCAAGAAGGGCGCAAGUAUGCUUGCUGGGCGACAGCUUGAGAGACUAAGUAAUGGACGAUAUCCGGCAGGGGGUCAUCGGGUUGUAUCUUAUGGCCUGCCUGGACCAAAUCUGGAAAACAACACCCCCGGAAACUCGAGUGGGGGAAAGAGGUAUCGCUUCUCUAUUGUCUUCGUCCUGCGCGCCCAUGAACCCACCAUUAUCAAUUCGGACGAAUUAGAAACAGAAGUUACGGGCAAAUGGGUUGAACCUAUUCAAGGAGUUACAGCGGGGAAAUUUUACGAAGAGAUUAGGGGAAGGCAUUACAACAUCAAUAUCGACGUGAAAGAGAGGGAAAAGCAGAGAAGGAGAGUCAAGAGUGGAGCAGGGAAGGGAAGGAAGGGGGAAGGAAGAUCAUAG